GCAGACGUCUGGGUGUGCGAAUGCCAGUUGAGCGGGGCCUCGAGGACGCGUCACACACAGCGAGGAUUUGAGGAGGGAAGCGCCUUCCAGAGCUUCAGAGAAGAGGCAGAAGUGUGCAAACAGGAGCAGGUCCAAGAUUUGCAUGGCCAGAAGCAAUUCUUGAUCCUCUUGGCUAGAUUCGAAGAUUUGGCCACCUCCAGACGCUACCACACUCUGGGACAGUGGGAGAUUUGGAACAGCUUUGAGAAGAGCAAGGAUCCCAGGAUGAUGGCUCACAAAGGGCUUCCCUGGUUAUUUACUUCUGACUCUUGAAAGCUUAAAGAAAUUGUGCCUGAGAGGUUCAGUACCUUGUCCAGGGACACCCAAUUUGUGCAGAGCCGGGAGGAAAACACAGUUCAGUUCACUCUCACAGGCUAUUCAGGAAGCAUGAUGCUGACAUCUGCUUGGCUUCUGGGGAGGCCUCAGGAAACUUACAAUCAUGGCAGAAGGUGAAGGGGGAGCAGGCAUGUCACAGGGCCACAGCAGGAGCAAGAGAGUGAGGGGCGAGGUGCCACAUACUUUUAAACCACCAGAUCUUGGGAGAACUCACUAUCACAAGCUGUGCCUUCCUGCACUGAAGCACCUCUGCAGGACUCAGUGACCAAGGAAGAAUCAGAGAAAGAGAAAAACUGCUGUGGAAACCAAGAAGCACCUGUGCCCCUGUGCUGCAGUAAGAGAGUGCUGAGAUGGGGAGAACUGUGUGCCUCUCCAUGGAGAUUCAUGUGACAUGUGUGGACUGCAGGUCCUGCAUCCCAUGGCUGCUGCCCAGAGAUCACAGCAUAUAAAAUUGUGCAUUGAGGCCCAUGAGAAGGACAUGGAGCUCUCACUUGCUGUGCAGCGCAGCAAGGACGUGGUGUAUGGGAUCUGCAUGGAGGUGGUCUAUGAGACAGCAAACCCCAGUGAGUGCCGCUUCGGGAUCCUCUCCAACUGCAACCAUGCCUACUGUCUCAAGUGCAUUUGCAAGUGGAGGAGUGCUAAGCAAUUUCAGAGCAAGAUUAUAAAGUCCUGCCCAGAUUGCCAGAUCACAUCUAACUUUGUCAUUCCAAGUGAGUCCUGGGUGGAAGAGAAAGAAGAGAAGCAGAAACUCAUUCAGAAAUAUAAGGAGGCAUUGAGCAACAAGGCUUGCAGGUAUUUUGAUGAAGGACGUGGGAGCUGCCCAUUUGGAAGGAAUUGUUUUUACAAGCAUGCGUACCCCGAUGGCCUUACAGAGGAGCCACAGAGACAGAAAGUGGGAACAUCAAGCAGAAACUGGGUCCAAUGAAGGAACCACUUCUGAGAACUCACUGAGGAAAGAGAUAGCAGCAACGCUUUUGACAAUGAUGAAGAGGUUGUCACCUUUGAGCUGGGCGAGAUGUUGCUUAUGCUUUUGGCUGCAGGUGGGGAUGAUGAACUGGCAGACUCUGAAGAUGAGUGGGACUUGUUUCAUGAUGAGCUGGAAGAUUUUUAUGAUUUGGAUCUAUAGCAACCUUGUGUGGCAUGUGAACUGGUCUGCUGACCCCAGACAGCAGCUGUCCCCUGUGCUGGUGUGGCAGUGCCUGUGUUCUCUCCUAGG